AAAAGAAAGGAAUGCACUCAAACAACUCAUGAGAUCUGAAGACAUCACAAUAAAAGCAGCGGAUAAAGGUGGUGGAUUGGUUAUUCUCAAUACCAGCGAUUAUGGGGAGGAAAAUCGGAGAUUAUUAGGAGACACUAAUACGUAUCUGCAAUUGAAAGGUGAUCCCACUAUCCAAUAUCAAGACGAACUUAAGGAAAUACUGAAUUACGGAAAGGAUAGAGGGAUUUUAAAUGAAAGAGAAUACAAAUAUCUGUAUGUCCAAUACCCAAGGAUACCGGUAUUCUACCAUCUACCAAAAAUACAUAAGAGACUGGUGAAACCUCCUGGAAGGCCAAUCGUAUCAGGAAUUGGAUCCCUCACCUCAAACCUUUCUGAAUACGUUGACCAAUAUUUGCAACGUUUGGUCUCCUGUUUAAAAUCCUACCUCAGAGAUUCCACUCAAGUUUUAAACAUUUUAUCUGAUUUUAAGUGGGAAGAUGAGAUGAUUUUAGUCACUGCUGAUGUUACCUCUCUCUAUACAGUAAUUGAACACCUCCAAGGAUGUGAGGCCACACAAUUCUCCCUAGCAACAUAUUCCGAUUUAAAAAAUGACCAAAUUGAUUUCCUCAUUCAGUGUAUCGUUUUUAUUCUCACACAUAAUUAUUUUUGGUGUGAUGACUUAUUUUAUCUACAGAUUGAAGGCACAGCCAUGGGGACACGAUUUGCGCCAAGUUACGCUAAUUUAUUUAUGGGCAAAUGGGAAGAAGAAUAUAUAUGGACCCAUUGCCCAUUUGGCGCAAAUCUGUCCCUGUGGCUCAGAUAUAUCGACGAUUGCUUCUUUAUAUGGAAAGGAGACCUUGGAUCCUUAGAGAGUUUUAAAACUUAUCUUAACAACAACCCAUAUCAUCUGAACUUUACUUUUAACCACUCUAAAGAACACAUUGAAUUUUUAGAUCUGGAUAUCUAUAUCAAAGAGGGACAAAUCAACACCAAGACUUUUAAGAAGAAUGUGGACUGUAAUAGUUUUAUUCCUUUUAACAGUCAUCACAAGUCAACAUGGUUAAGAAACAUACCUCAGAACCAGUUCAGGAGGGUAAGACGUAACUGCUCGAAUAAUGAAGUGUGUAAGUCACAAAUGGAAGAAAUGAAGCAGAGAUUCCUGAAAAAGGGUUAUCCCCCAAUGCUAUUAGAAGAAUCUAUGGAUAUAGCACUUACCACCCCAAGAGAGGAUACCUUAUGCAAUAAACCCAGCACCACAGAAGUAUCCAAUUCAGCACCCACCUUUAUCACUAAAUAUAAUCAUCAAUUUCAUACAAUACAGAAGACACUUAGGAAGCACUGGGGGAUCCUUAAGAAUGAUCCAACGUUAUCUAAAUUCCUCGACAAUCAACCUCAGAUUAUUUUUACUAGGGCACCCAACCUGCAACUUAUGCUGGCACCGACCACUAAACCUGAAAGUGCUGAUUUGGAUCAAGGUACCAUCAGUGGCUUCACAAGAUGCAAGAAGUGUCUAGCAUGUAGAAAUAAUCCAUCAUUAGAAGACACAACCACUGGAUUUAAAUCCCACACUACUCAAGAGGAAUAUGAUAUCAAGACCAACAUGGACUGUACUACAUCAGGAGUUAUCUAUUUAAUAACAUGUCCAUGCCCACAACAAUAUAUUGGACGUACAAAAAGACCCCUCAAAAUACGUAUUGCUGAACACAUUAGAAAUAUUAAGAAGGGACUUCCAACGCAUAAUCUUUCCAAGCACUUUAAAGAGAUACAUGGGGGAGACCCCACAGGACUUGCAUUUAUGCCUAUUGAGAAAGUGAAUACCCACUGGAGAGGAGGCAGCAUUGAUAAGGCUCUAGAUCAGACAGAAGCGAAGUGGAUUUUUAAGUUAGGGACUUUGGUCCCUAAGGGACUCAAUGUAGAUUUUGAGCUUAAUGCUUUCCUAUAAUAUAUCUUUUUUUUUUUUUCAACCUUUAUUUAUAGUUACAGACCACCACCAGGGAUUAUUCAUUUAUUUAUUUAUUAUCUAUUUUGUAUAUAUUAACUAUUAUUUUUUCUCCUGUUUUCUCCUAGAAGGAUGGAUUGACACUAUACCUAUAUGGUACCUAUCUAGUAUUGGUUAUCCAUAUGUAGUCAAUAUACUAUUAUGAUUUUAUCCACCUAUCUUCAUGUAUAUAUACCAAUUUAUGUCCAGCAUUUCAUUAUCUCUAAUUGAUUCAUUAAAUAUGUUCCUUCCAUUUGGAACAUUCAUAUAUUGCUUUUAUGUAUUUUUACAUUUACCGGUCUUAUGUAUCUGUCUACAUUUUAUGAGACUUUAUAAAUAUUGUUUUUACCCUAGUGGCAAUGAUUUGCAUUUUAUGUAUAUGUAUGUAUCAUUUUAUGCAGGUACAAAUACUGUUUUUAUUAGUAUAGAAUAUAUUGGUUUUAACACCUAAAUGUGAUUGAUAAUUAGGCAAUGUAUAUAAAGAAGAACUGAAGCACUAGACACUAUUAUGUCUCUGAUGAAGUAGGGCCCAUUCCCUACGAAACGCGUAAGACAGGCAUUCCAGCAACACACGGGAUCAGACGCAUGUACCAGCAGCACCACUAAUCUGCACACGCAGGACCUGUUUGGAAAGUACCGCCACCGGAGGCAUCUGUCCUGCACGUCCCCUGAAGUGAGGCUCCUGCUCGGGACGUGCUCACAGACACAAGCCAUCCUCACCGGCAGCUGUAUAUUGAAUCAUCACAAUCCAUAUCCAUCCUUAACAAUCUGAAGGUCCUUGCUGUUAUUUUUCAAUGCUUCAGUCUGGUAAUGCAUUUCUGAAUCUAAUGUGACCUGUAUUUUUAUAUUUAACUUUUUCCAAAGUUAUUUUAAUAUAUUCAAUAAACUGGCAUUUUUUUCUUAUAUGAAGUGAUCCAGUUUUAUGCUUCAGUUUUCCAGCGAUAUAUUUUUUUCAUUUUUAUUGCCUAAAGCUAACAGUUCCUUGUACUGUAUAGCUUAUUUUUUACUUCUAUCUUUUACUAAGUAUAUUAUUUGCAACAGGUAUCAUUUAUCCCUCAUGUUGUUUGGGAUAUAGACACCAGUUUCAUACAUAUUUUUUGGUCAUCCAGCAGAGAAUUUGGUCUCUCAUCUUUCCCCUUUUUGCAUUUUUGUAUUUUAUUUAUAUAUAUAUAUAUAUAUAUAUAUAUACCUUUUUUUUUUAAUUUUUUUACCCCCAUUAUAUAGCACUGCUUUGCAUGUUUGCACACUCUUAAAGGACAUUUAAAGGUAUAGCAGCAUUCUCUUUGUAUUCUUGCACAUUUAAAGGGAUAUCCCGUUUAUUUGAGAUCUCCACUCAUAGCACUUUUACUCACAGUUUUGCACAUUUAUAGGGAUACUUUGUCCAUUCCAGAUUUAAAGGCAUAGUACCAUAUAUAUAUUUUUAUAUUUAUAUUUUUUAUAUUUAUAUUUAUCUCUAUGUAUUAGUAUUUUAGCCAUUAGUCACCUAGCCAGCUCCUGGUAUUCCCACUCUUCUAGAGAGUUCUUUUCCCUCAUAUCAAAAUAUGCCUUAAAGAUUGUGGGUUGCAUGAUUGCAGAGACAAUGACCUUCUUGUACAGGGAAAAUUGAUUGAUAAGCUGAGAGUGUGGUGUGCCAAGAACAUGGGGUUAACAAAGGAAUAAUAAUAUCAAUAUAAGAUUAUGCAUGGUGUAACCAGGCAUUACAGUGUCAAAUAUUAAGAUCAAUGGGAUCAGGAGGGAGGAGAGUGCAAAAAAGUGCACAGACUUUUUAAAGACUAUUUAAUUAAUUUCAAAAGUUUCAAAUGCAAAAUGCAAGUUGGGUUGAUCAAAAUGCACUACUUUGAUGACCUAUGUUUCCCAGGACAUUUCUUUGUUCUACUGUAGCACACAAGUAAACACACUUUAUUAGCAUGUAAUCAGGGCACUGAGGGCAGGAAUAGUUUUAUAAGCAGAUGAAGGGGUCACACAUCCACCAGAGCAGAGCCAUAUUGUUUAUUUUACUGGUUAAUGACACCCUGUGGGCAUCCCCCCACCCCCCAAAUGCCCCAGCCACCCUGGGGUCUCAGCUGAGUCUCAGGGCAACCAAGUGCACAGUAGAAGAUUGAUGCAAGCCACCAUGAGGGAGGCCAGCAGAAGGGAGAGCCAGCAAUUUUGUAAGUUUACAUGGUGGCUGUCUUGCCCAUGGCACACAGUGACAUAAACCUAUAUUGCAAGGAUGUUACUAGUGGUUUAGAAUAGGGUGAUAUUCAAUAUUUCCAUUCUGGAAAAGAAUAAGUGUGGAUGAAAUCAGAAUCCAGAAGUGGUAUAUCAUAAUUUUAUAUAGCAGCAAGUGAUGCAAAGUGGAUGAAUAUUUUAUAGUUAUGGUUUAUGUAAAGAGUAGGGGAUAUAGAUUGAUAGAUCCUCCUGUACACUACAAAACACAGCAUUACAGUCACUUCAUACAAUAAGGUGAGUGUUUAGAGAAGGGUGCAAGGUAAGCUUUUGGGUUAGAUACAAAUACAGGUUAGAAAGGCUGAUGUGUGUGUUGGGUCAUCUGAAUUUAGGACGAUCAGGUGAUCAGCUGAGUUCACAAAACCCAAACCAAAAUAUGCAUAAAUUACAACCAACUAAAAUGCGCAAUGCAUGAGCAUGUUCGUUUUGAUUUAUGAGUCUUGAUUUCGCUCAUGGCACCAAAAAAAUGAUUGAUGAGAAAAAUAUGAUUGAUUGGCUAAUGGACAGCCACUAGAACAUUGAUUAUAUUCACAGAUCAAGUGAGAAGUGAGAGAAAAAGCAGAAGUUGUAAAAGAAAAUAUAUAUUCAUAUAUUAUAUAUGUAAUAAAUGUUUCGAUAUAUAUAUAUAUAUAUAUUUUUUUUUAUUUUUUUUUAUUACACAAUUUAUAUUUUAUGGAAAAAUUAUUAUUUUAUAAAACGUAUUAAUUAAAUAAAAUGCAUUAUUAUAAAAAUCACCAAGCAUUUUAUGUUGUGCUAGUAAAUAUAUAGCAAAAUAACAUUCUGCAGCAUAUUAUAUUGUUCAGAAGAGAUUCUCCAAUUGUUUUGAAUUUUCAACAGUGAAUGUCAUUAAGAGACAUGCUGAAUUCUACAUGAAGGUCAUCUGGAACUCAGUGCAAAUAAUGGCCAUGGGAAUUGUAAACAUUUCUAAAAUCAGACACUAUAAAUUAUAGGAAUUAUGGCAAAAUGUUAGCUUUGAAAUUAAAAAUCAAAAUGAAUGUCACACAAAUAACUUCUAAAAUUACUUGUUAUGGACAUUUACCUCUGCUCUUUCAGACACAUGCCAUGACUAUCCAUCAGUGGUAACAUUUACAAUAAUAGGUAAUGAAAUUGAAGGUCCGUGUCAAGGGAUUAUGAGAAUCCACUCUAAUACUUGCCUAUUAUAA